AAUACUUCCCCACUUCUCAAUUAACUCCCCUCUCUCUCUCUCUCUCUAUAUAUAUAUAUAUAUAUAUCUAUGUAUAUCUAUAUAUAUAUCAUAUUUAUGUCCAUCAAUUGCCUCUGUUCACAUCACAAGCGACAGCAGAACCCUCUUAAAACUCGAAGAAAGAGAGAGAUGAGAGAGAUCAGUUGGUGGUAGUCGCCAUUUUUGUUCUGUUAAUGUUAACUUUCUUCUCUGUGAAAGUGGGGGAAAGAGAGAUCAGAGAGGAAUAGUUGCCAUUUUUGUUUUCUUGGUUUCCUGUUCGAGUUUGUUGUGAGUUGAGACAUCAUGGGUGGCGGGGGAUGUUAUAGUAAAGGUGGAAGCAAUGUGAUUAAUUACAGAGGAGGAGGAGGAGGAAGAAGGUGGUGGUGUUCGUGGUGGUUGAUAUUGAUGUUGGCAUUUGUGGCGGCGUUGGCUGGGGUAAUGGCCGUUCACAGACUAAGAGAGAGACGCAUCUUCAACCUUCUCCUUCAACAGAAGAACACUCAUCUUCUCUCCCUUCAGCUUCUCUUACAGAAGGAGAGAGAAUACAGCACAGAAAUGAAGGGGAGAGCUGAAGAGUUGAAAGCCAAGAUAUACGCCGUUAAUGCCCAGAAGAUGGAACUGGACAGAAGGCUAUUAGAAAUGCAGUCUACAAUUGACUCCCUCAGAGAUGAACAAAAGGUUAUUUCCCAUGCAAUGAAGGAAAAACAGAAAGAGAUUGAAUUGCUAAGAGACAAAGACUCCUGGAAACAUAAUCCUCAACUCAUGACCUUAACAGAGAUCAUCAAACAGAAAGAAUCAGAAAUCCAGGAACUGAAGCAUCAAAUUGAAUAUCCGGUUAGGAUUUUCCCAGGAAACCUGACAACAAAUGAGAGCAUUGCGGAGGCAGUGAAGGCAGAGGACGACUGGAAAAAUGAAGAUCAGAAAGCAGGUAAUGUAAGAAAUUUGACAACUGCAGAGGAAGGGAAUGAAAACAGGACUGGCAUUCAUGCCAAUCGCGUUUCUCCCGCAAAUGCUGCUAAAAAUGCUACUGAGGUAAUCGUUGAGACCAAUAACAAUGUAAUGAAAGCUAGAGAUGAAGGAAAUGAGGUGAAGCCAAUGAAUGGUCAUCAAGUACAGAAGAUUACCAGAGAUAAGCGUUUAGGAAGCCUUGCGGAUUCACAACAAGAUCAGGGAACCUCCAUGGAUGUGAACUCUCGAGUCCCUACAGGGUUUAGUUUGAGCAGGCAAAAUUUAAGCAAAGCCAAGGGGAGGAGAUGGCGGAUGCUAGCAAAAAGCGGGUUGAUGUGGAAAGACGAUGAAACUUCCAUGAAAUAUGGAGCAAAGAGUGUGGGAAGCACAAUUCCAGAAGACCCAGUGAAUGGAAUUUCAGAAGCUUAUAGAUAUCAUAGCAAGGACAAAGGGAAUGAACUACAGAAAAACACAAGUGUUGAGGUUGGGAUUGGUAACUUUACUAAUGAAAUUGGCCGGAGGAACAUGAGUAACAGAGACAUGAAGAGACAAGAAAGCAAAGAUGAAGACGUGAAAGGUGUGGAGAGAAGGGAAAUGUUUGUAGCGGAGACUGAAGAUGAAGGAGAAGCAGGACAAGCAAACCUACUCAAGGAAUCUAUUCCAGAACUGGAAGAAGAUAAAGAAGACACAGAAGAGGAUGAGUUCUAGGGGUUUAAACUUACUAUGUCCAACAGCUUUUUCUCUUGUCCGCUCUUUUUCCAGCUUUUUUAACUAUAUGCUCAAGGGUUUUCUUUUCUUGCCUACUUUCAAGUCCUACGGCUUACUGUAGAUAGUUUCUUGUAUGUGCUGGGUCAUGUGUCUUGUGAUGAGUAGAGAUGUGCAUGGUCCGACCACUAAAAAUUUGCAACAAUCUGCGUGUGAAUGAUUAAGAUUACUGGACGUGGAAAGCAAUUAUGGUUUCUCAUGCAU